AUGCAAUCACUUCCUCCAGAACUUGCGAGCCUUGUAUUCGUCCAUUUCGUAGCGCUUGAACCGCCUCGGAUUGGCUCGAGUAGCAGACUCAGAACUGGACCACUUGUUCUUGCAAGUGUCUGUUCCAGCUGGCGGGCGCUGGCCCUCCGUCUGCCAGAGCUCUGGGGUGUCAUUCGUAUCUACCCACCCGUUGGCGCCAAUAUAAGCAACCAGAGAAUCCGGGACCUUUUCCAACUCCUCCCUCUAUGGCUUUCACGCUCUGGAAACACACUUCUUGACAUCUACGUCAGCAACGCUUUCCACCGACACCAAAUCGACACGAUAUUUGCCCUUCUCGCACCCUUCUCGCCGAGAAUACGUGCCCUGGACAUUCCCAUCCAAGAGUCUGCAUCCUUUCCGUCCGAAUUCCAGUGCAGCAGCCUAGAAAGUCUGAUUCUCGAGUUCUUGCCCCAACGGAGAGUUGUAACACCCCCGAGUGUCUUCGUCUCCGCAACCUUGCUGCGGCAUCUCACACUAUCCAAUGCAACUCUUAGCUCUGUAGAAUAUAUUCCCAUCGAGCUAAUUACACAUUUGGAGUUUCGGGCAUCAUCGAGCUCGGCCUAUUCGUGCCUCGAAAUACUGCGACGCGCAUCCAGACUUGAGGAGCUCAUAGCAGAGCUAGAAUGGGAUCGCGACCUUCUCCAUCCCCCAGCUCUGUUAACUCUUGCCCACCUUCAUACACUUCGCCUGGUCACCAGUGCCGAUCGCACACUAUUCCCAUUCCUUGUUCUCCCGAAGCUUGAUUCGCUGGAACUCAAUGGCCUCAACUCCAAUGCAGCCAUACUUAGAGGCGUCAGCUUAGGAGAGCGCUCGUCGUGGACCAUCCGUUCUAUCUGUCUGCGACACAUGAAUACUGACGCAAUCCUGCAAAUGCUCAGCAUUAACCCAAGCCUCGAAAUCGUCCACAUAGACUGGCCACUGGGCUCCCUUGCUUUGCUGUUUGUGCAAAUGGCAUCGAAUGCACCCUUUAUCCCUGCCUUACGACAACUUUCUAUUCAGAACUAUCGUCCCGAGACUAGCGAAAUUGCAGUUUUAGCUUCGACACUGACUUCAAGUUCUUUGAAGGUGUCAAUUUCUCUGGUGCACAAGUCAGACGUAAACUGGGUGAAAGAAACACUGCGGGAACCAUUUGGUGAUAUAUUGCUUCGUGUUACAUAG